AGCUGUGUUUAUCUUCUCUUAUUUUCAGCUGUCGCUUAUUGCAUCAAUAUGGCAUUUCAGGCUUCUUACAUUAACCCGAAACUCCCAUUUACGGGAUUGAUCGAAGGGAUCGAAGGAAAGACCAUCUCUGUGACAGGUUGGGUCAUUCCAGGAGCAGAGAGGUUUCAGGUAGAUUUGCAAUGUGGCACCCAAGCAUCGGCAGAUAUAGCCCUCCACUUUAACCCACGCUACUCAGGCAACUCAGGAUAUGUGGUGUGUAACACACGGCAGAGUUCAUCCUGGGGUCCAGAAGAACGAAGCAGCCCCACUCCAAUUCCCAGAGGCUCUAACUUCAACGUUACCUUCUUGAUCAACCGCAACUCCUAUUCGGUGGUUGUAAAUGGAGUCCAUUUCAAGGAGUACUUGCACCGAAUCCCUUUCUCCAGUGUGAAUGCCAUCUCUGUACGUGGGGGUGUGGAUAUCCAGUCCAUCUCUUUCCCAGAUCCUGCUGUAGGUUUUGAUCAAUGCAGAUGUAUGAGUAAUGGUCUACAUUCAUCUCCACUAAACUGUUAUAAUCUUUUUUUAUUUACACCACAGGUCACAAAGUCUGAUUUUGCUAACUUUUCCUACAUGGUGAAACCUUCUUGUGCUAACCCUGGAUUAAUGGCUGGACCUCCUCCAUACAGUGCUCCAGAGACCUAUAUUGUGCCAUAUAAAGCUGUUAUCCAAGGUGGAUUUUACCCUGGCAAAGUCAUUAUGGUUCAGGGCUUUGUUAACUAUGAUGCAGACAGGUUCAGCAUUAACCUGCGUCAUAACUCUGGAAUUGCGUUCCACUUCAACCCACGUUUCAAUGAGAAUGUAGUGGUGCGUAACAGCCUGAUGAAAGAACAAUGGGGCUGUGAGGAAAGAGAGGGUGGUUUGCCCUUCUACAAAGGCCAGCAGUUUACGGUGAGCAUCAUGUGUGAACCGCAGUGCUACAGGAUUAUUGUCAAUGGUGUACAAAUGUUCACCUACAACCAUCGUUACUCCUUGUUUCGGGAGAUUGAUAUCCUUGAGGUUACUGGCAACAUCAGCCUUAACUCUGUAACAGCUUAAGUUAGAGAUUCUUUUUUGACCUCCUGCAAUCCAAACCCAAUUGCACUCAUCAUUUUGUGAUCUUUUCAAGUUCAAGCAUGAGGGGAGAUGAAAUUAUGACAUGCUGAAAAAUGUAAUUUUUUUGUUUAUUUGUUUUAAUAAUAAUCUGUGAGUUACAUUUAUCUUACUAUGACUAGAACAUUAUGGUUAUCACCUGUGGUUCAUCAAUAUUUCAUGUGAUCCCAAGUGCCCUAAGGUUGUG